AUGUGCGGUAUCGCCCUUGUCCUCUCCAGUGACCGCCUCGUCAUUGUUCCCUGUGCCACUGCAGCCGCCGCCGCAUCAGAGAUCCAGCACUCCUGUGAGAGGAAGGGCCUGUCAGAUGAGCUGAAGGAGGCCCUGCGCCGGCGAGGCCCUGAUAGUUUAGGCUACGAAAGUCGCCGCCUUCUCGCUGAUGGCACGGUUGUUGUUAGUGAUGGCUGCAAUGAUGGAGUAGAGGGUAAAAUUGGUGUGAGUGACUCUGGUGUUGCUGAUUUGUUCUUCAUCGGGGCAACACUGCAUCUUAGGGGAGCUAAGCUGGUUUCGCAGCCACUGGUGGCCCCCACUGGAAGUGUCCUUGUGUAUAAUGGUGAGAUAUAUGGAGGAAUUCAGGUUGCAGAUGAUGAGAACGACACCCAAGCUCUUUUUACCUCUCUGGAAUCUUGUUGUUCAUGUGAUUGCCAUGCUCUUGGUAGAGAUAAAACAUGUCCUUGUUGUGGGAGUGGUGCCAAAUCAGUUUUGCAACUCUUUUCCACAAUCAAAGGUCCAUGGGCUUUGAUAUACUGGCAGAUGAAGUCGAAUACGAUUUGGUUUGGCCGGGAUGCAUUUGGAAGAAGAAGCCUCUUAGUACAUUGGCCCACAGCUGAUGAUUCUCGCUUCAUAUUAUCAUCAGUAUCCCCCCCUUCAUUUGCAAAGAAUAACUCUGAUCCAACAGUAAAUGAUUUUGUGUCAGAUUGUGACAUGUCUAACCAUACUGAAGCUAGCUACUGGGAAGAGCUUCCUUGUGGGAUAUACAGCAUCCAUAUGAAAGACAUUGCAAAAUAUGGUGCACACAUGAAGGAAGGGUGGAUCGUGGAGGUUAACACACAUAAAUGGAUGGCUUCUUCAUUGAAUGAAUUGAUUAAAUGGGAGAGGAAACUUACAGUUCCUACCAUGGAGAACAAUUCUGUUGACAGAGGGAACCAUCAGUUGUCUCAGAGCUUCAUAAGGUCAAGAGAAGCUGGAGGAAAUAUGAAUAAUGGGAUCACAAAGGCAGAUCUCCUGUCAGAUUCUAGUUUAUGUGAAGCAAAUUGCAUAACACAGUCAGCACAUAGAGUAUUGGUUGCAUUAAGGGAAUCUGUAAUGCUGCGGACUAAAAUGAACACACUCUUUCAGGGUACUCUAAAUAAAUUUGAGGACGAAGAGUCAUCCCCAAUAGCAGUCCUCUUCUCCGGUGGCUUAGACUCCAUGAUACUUGCAGCAUUGUUAGACCAGUGCAUUGAUUCCAAAUGGACAAUUGAUUUGCUAAAUGUCAGUUUUGAUGGGCAGCUUGCCCCUGAUAGGAUUUCUGCAAUAGCAGGACUGAAGGAGCUUCAGAGGAUAUCUCCGUGCCGGAGAUGGCGUCUUAUUGAGAUUGACACUGCUUUGACAGACUUGAAAGGGGAAAGUGAACAUGUGAUGUCACUCAUACACCCUUCAAACACCUAUAUGGAUUUGAACAUUGGUAUUGCUCUCUGGUUGGCUGCUGGUGGGGAUGGUUGGGUGGAUGGAAGUACAUGCCGUAUGCAAGACGGUUCUCGCUAUAAGUACAGGUCGAGAUCUAGAGUCCUUAUAGUGGGUUCUGGAGCUGAUGAGCAGUGUGCUGGUUAUGGUAGACAUCGGACUAAAUUUAGGCUUGGAGGGUGGAACGCAUUGGAUCAGGAGAUGAGACUAGAUGUGCAGAGAAUAUGGAAAAGGAAUAUGGGAAGAGAUGAUAGGUGCAUAACCGAUCAUGGCAAGGAGGCCCGUUUCCCAUUUCUUGAUGAGAACGUGAUAAAAACUUUGUUGGAAAUUCCAUUAUGGGAGAUUGCUAAACUUGAUGAACCUGUUGGAAAGGGUGACAAGAAGAUAUUGAGAGAGGUUGCAAGGCUGCUGGGCCUACAAGAAGCUGCUCUUCAGCCAAAGCGUGCGAUCCAGUUUGGUUCAAGGAUAGCGAGGGAGUCGAACCGGAAGAACUUCGGCAGCAACAGAGCCGCGAACCAGGCAUCAGCAGGCAGCGUGCAAAUUCACCAGCAUAUGCAAUGA